CAGGACAGAGAAAUUAUUUGUAUUCCAAUGAGCUUCUUGUAUCUUUUUCUAGGUGGCCUGUGAUGUGAAGGGCUCAUAAGUGGGACAAAAGAAAGAAAACCAUUUGGCUUCAGUACAAAGAAAGAGGGCAGUAAACGGUUACCAGAGCUCUGGUUGCUUUCCGUGGACUGUGCUCCUCUGUUUUAUUGCUAGGCCAUCGUCCAGAGAGUGUGGAGCAGCUGCUGCAGCCAGUGAUGAGAUGGCAAGAAAGAAGUUGAAACGUUUUACCACUUUGGAGGUGACUCUCAGUGUUCUCCUGCUGGUGGUGUUUAUCAUCGCUCUCGUUCUCAUAGUGCUUUUAGCCACAGGUUCUAAGGAUUCUAAAGAUUCUGAGACCACUGGUACCCCGACUCCUGGGACAAGUACCACCCCUGAUUCUGCCAAGUGCCCAGUGGUAAAUGAAUUGGAACGAAUAAACUGCAUUCCUGAGCAGUCACCAACAAAGGCCGUCUGUGACCAGCGCGGCUGCUGCUGGAGUCCUCAGGUACCUGUAAACAUACCAUGGUGUUACUAUUCCAAGAAUCAUGGCUACCAAAUAGAAGGUGACAUUGCAAACACCAACGCAGGAUUCACGGCCCAGUUGAGAAGUCUGUCUUCUUCAUCCCCAUUUGGAAAUGAUGUCGACAUUGUCCUUCUCACAGCAGAAUAUCAGACGUCUAAUCGCUUUCACUUUAAGUUGACUGACCAAACCAAGAACAGGUAUGAAGUGCCUCAUGAACAUGUGCAGCCCUUUACUGGAAACGCUGCGUCUUCUUUGACCUAUGAAGUUGAGGUCUCCAACCAGCCAUUUAGCAUCAAAGUGAUCAGAGGAAGCAACAAGCGUGUUCUGUUUGACUCAAGCAUCGGGCCCCUCCUGUUUUCUGAUCAGUUCCUGCAGCUGUCCAUCCGCCUGCCCAGUGCGAAUGUGUAUGGCCUGGGAGAACACGUGCACCAACAGUACCGGCAUGACAUGAAUUGGAAGACCUGGCCCAUAUUUAACAGGGACACAACCCCCAAUGGGGAUGGAACUAACUUGUAUGGUGCACAGACAUUCUUCCUGUGCCUUGAAGAUGCUAGCGGAUCGUCCUUUGGAGUGUUUCUGAUGAACAGCAAUGCCAUGGAGGUUAUCCUCCAGCCCACACCAGCAGUCACGUACCGCACAAUCGGGGGCAUCCUUGACUUCUAUGUGUUCUUGGGAAACACACCGGAGCAAGUUGUUCAAGAAUAUCUAGAGCUCAUUGGACGGCCAGCCCUUCCCUCAUAUUGGGCACUUGGAUUCCACCUUAGUCGCUACGACUAUGGAACCCUAGAAAACAUGAAAGAAGUUGUAGAGAGAAACCGUGCAGCACAACUGCCUUAUGAUGUUCAGCAUGCUGAUAUUGAUUAUAUGGAUGAGAGAAAAGACUUCACUUAUGAUCCAGUGGCUUUUAGUGGCUUACCUGAGUUCGUUAAGGAGUUACACAAUAAUGGACAGAAAUUAGUCAUCAUUGUGGAUCCAGCCAUCUCCAACAACUCUUCUCUGAGUAAACCCUACGGCCCGUAUGACAGGGGUUCAGACAUGAAGAUAUGGGUGAAUAGUUCUGAUGGAGUGACUCCACUCAUUGGAGAGGUCUGGCCUGGAAGAACUGUUUUUCCUGAUUACACCAAUCCCAACUGUGCAGUUUGGUGGACAAGGGAAUUUGAGCUUUUCCACAAUCAAGUGGAGUUUGAUGGAAUCUGGAUUGAUAUGAAUGAAGUCUCCAACUUUGUUGAUGGUUCAAUUUCAGGAUGUUCCGCAAACAACCUAAAUAAUCCACCAUUCACUCCCAAUGUCCUGGGUGGUUGCCUGUUUUGCAAGAGUCUCUGCAUGGAUGCCGUGCAACACUGGGGCAAGCAGUAUGACGUCCACAAUCUGUAUGGCUACUGCAUGGCGAUUGCCACAGCAGAAGCUGUCAAGACUGUGUUCCCUAAUAAGAGAAGCUUCAUUGUGACCCGUUCUACCUUUGCGGGAUCUGGCAAGUUCGCAGCCCAUUGGUUAGGAGACAACACAGCCACAUGGGAUGACCUUCGAUGGUCCAUCCCUGGCAUGCUUGAGUUCAACCUUUUUGGUAUCCCACUGUCCCAGCUGUUGAAUUCCUCCAGACACUACCUUAACAUCCGCUAUACUCUUCUGCCUUACCUCUACACCCUCUUCUACCGUGCUCACAACCGGGGGGACACGGUGGCCAGGCCCCUUCUACAUGAGUUCUACAGUGACAACAGCACUUGGGAUGUGCAUCGGCAGUUUUUAUGGGGGCCAGGACUCCUCAUCACUCCAGUUCUGGAUGAGGGGGCAGAGAAAGUAAUGGCAUAUGUGCCGGAUGCUGUUUGGUACGACUACGAGACUGGGGCCCAACUGAGAUGGAGAAAGGAAGAAAAGGAGCUGGAACUUCCUGGAGACAAAAUUGGACUUCACCUUCGAGGAGGCUACAUCUUCCCCACACAGCAGCCAAAUACAACCACUAUGGCCAGGUACAAUGUGGAUACUGUGGCCAAUGGAAUUUAUCUUCUAUGUGAGUUCUCUGUCACCCAAAACCGCUUGGAUGUGAAGAUUUUACAAUCAGCCUACAAGGACCCCAAUAAUUUAACAUUUAAAGAGAUUAAAAUCCUUGGGACUCAGGAAUUUAGAAGUGUUACAGUGAAACACAAUGGUGUCCCAAGUCAAAUGUCUCCUAGAGUCUCUUAUGAUUCUAAUUUGAAGGUUGCCAUUAUCACAGAAAUUGAUCUUGUCCUGGGUGAAGCAUACACAGUGGAGUGGAGCAUGAUCUUAAGAGAUGAAGAAAAAAUAGACUGUUAUCCUGAUGAACAGGGUGCUUCUGCAGACAGCUGUGCUGCCCGCGGCUGUGUCUGGGAGGAAUCUAGUACUCCGGGGGUCCCGUUCUGCUAUUUUGUUAGUGAUCUGUACUCUGUCAGCAAUGUUCAGUAUAACUCACAUGGGGCCACAGCUGACAUCUCCUUGAAGUCUUCUGUUUACGCCAACGCUCUGCCCUCCACACCUGUGAACUCACUCCGCCUGGACGUGACCUACCAUAAGAAUGAAAUGCUGCAGUUUAAGAUUUAUGACCCUAACAACAAGCGGUAUGAAGUCCCUAUCCCUCUGAACAUACCCAGGGUUCCAACUAGCACCUCCCAGGAUCAACUCUAUGAUGUCCUCAUUAAGCAGAAUCCUUUUGGGAUUGAAAUUCGCCGAAAGAGUACAAACACUGUAAUUUGGGACUCUCAACUCCUUGGCUUCACCUUCAAUGACAUGUUCAUUCGCAUCUCCACCCGCCUUCCCUCUGAGUACAUCUAUGGCUUUGGGGAAACUGAGCACACAGCUUUUAAGAGGGAUUUGAACUGGCACACAUGGGGAAUGUUUUCCCGAGACCAACCCCCAGGGUACAAGAAGAAUUCAUAUGGUGUUCACCCUUACUACAUGGGACUGGAGGAGGAUGGGAAUGCCCACGGAGUGCUCCUGCUCAACAGCAAUGCCAUGGAUGUGACGUUCCAGCCUCUGCCUGCUUUGACAUACCGUACUACAGGCGGUAUUCUGGACUUUUAUGUGCUCUUGGGGCCGACUCCAGAGCUUGUCACUCAGCAGUACACUGAGUUGAUUGGUCGGCCUGUGAUGGUACCUUAUUGGUCAUUGGGGUUCCAGUUGUGUCGCUAUGGAUACCAGAAUGACUCCGAGAUCGCUAACUUGUAUGAUGAUAUGGUGGCUGCACAGAUCCCUUAUGACGUGCAGUACUCGGACAUCGACUACAUGGAGCGGCAGCUGGACUUCACCCUCAGCCCCAAGUUUGCUGGGUUUCCAGCUCUGAUCAACCGCAUGAAGUCUGAAGGCAUGCGAGUCAUCCUCAUUCUGGACCCAGCCAUUUCUGGCAAUGAGACAGAGCCCUAUCCUGCCUUCACUCGGGGUGUGGCGGAUGAUGUCUUCAUCAGAUAUCCGAAUGGUGGAGACAUUGUCUGGGGAAAGGUCUGGCCUGAUUUUCCUGGUAUUGUCGUUAAUGGGUCUCUGGACUGGGAUAGUCAAGUAGAGCAAUACCGAGCUUAUGUGGCCUUCCCAGACUUUUUCCGCAAUUCAACUGCAAACUGGUGGAAGAGGGAAAUGGAAGAACUGUACACCAACCCACAGCAACCAGAGAGGAGCUUGAAGUAUGAUGGCAUGUGGAUUGAUAUGAAUGAACCAUCUAGCUUUGUGAAUGGGGCAGUUCCUCCAGGCUGCAAAAAUGCUACUCUGAACCAUCCUCCCUACAUGCCACAUCUGGAGUCGAGAGACAGGGGCCUGAGCAGCAAGACCCUGUGCAUGGAGAGCCAGCAGAUCUUGCCCGAUGGAUCCCUGGUGCGGCACUAUGAUGUGCACAGUCUGUAUGGGUGGUCCCAGACCAGACCCACAUACGAAGCCGUGCAGGAGGUGACAGGACAGCGAGGCAUUGUCAUUACCCGCUCCACCUUCCCCUCUUCUGGCCGCUGGGCAGGACACUGGCUGGGAGACAACACGGCUGCAUGGGACCAGCUGAAGAAAUCAAUCAUUGGCAUGAUGGAGUUCAGCCUCUUUGGCAUAUCCUAUACAGGAGCAGAUAUCUGUGGGUUCUUUCAAGAUGCUGAAUACGAGAUGUGUGCCCGCUGGAUGCAACUAGGAGCCUUCUAUCCCUUCUCAAGGAACCACAACACUAUUGGAACCAGGAGACAAGACCCUGUAUCUUGGGAUGCUAACUUUGUGAAUAUUUCCAAGAAAGUCCUACAGACCAGAUACACUCUGUUGCCAUAUCUCUACACCCUGAUGCACCAGGCCCACACUGAGGGCAUCACUGUUGUGCGGCCUCUUCUCCAUGAGUUCGUGACAGACCGAGUGACCUGGGAUAUAGAUAAUCAGUUCCUGCUGGGCCCAGCCUUUCUGGUCAGCCCUGUCCUGGAGCCUAAUGCCAGAAACGUCACUGCAUAUUUUCCUAGAGCCCGCUGGUAUGAUUACUACACGGGUGUGGAUAUUAACACAAGAGGACAGUGGAAGGCCUUGCCAGCCCCUCUUGACCACAUUAAUCUUCAUGUCCGUGGGGGCUACAUCCUGCCCUGGCAGGAACCUGCACUGAACACCCAUCUAAGUCGCCAGAAAUUCUUCGGCUUCAAGGUUGCCUUGGAUGAUGAGGGAACUGCUAAGGGCUGGCUCUUCUGGGAUGAUGGACAGACCAUUGAUACCCAUGGAAAAGGACUCUAUUACUUGGCCAACUUCUCUGUCAGCCAGAAUGUAAUGGAGAGUCAUGUAAUUUUAAACAAUUACAUCGUCGCUACAAACCCUUUGAAGCUGGGCUACAUUGAAAUCUGGGGAGUGGGAAGUUUCCCCAUUACCAGUGUCAGCAUCUCUGCAAGUGGCACGCUUAUAACACCCACCUUCAUCCACAGCUCAGUAACACAGGUGUUGAGCAUCGACCUGACUAAGGAAAACCUCAGCCUACAUAAUUUCAAUUCACUGACGUGGGGAAGCAGCCUGAACUUCUGGGACAAUAUCCAGCCAUGAACAACUUCAGAACUAUGUCUACUAAAGGCUUAUGUUGUGCUGAUUUUCACCCAGUAUGGGUAAAAUGUUUUGUUAAUUUUGUUAUACUUUUUUGUCUGUGAAUCCUAAAAGUUGAAUCUUAGCCCUGUGGGGUAGGCAGCUGGAAGAUGUGGAAAAUCUAUGGGUUACCUUAAUGUCUCUACAUGAUUAGAAAAGUACUUCUGGUUCAUCAUAUGGCAUUGGCUGAAGAUGAACUGGAUCCAUAAUGAAGUUUGUGUAUGUGUAAUCAUGGAACAAACCCUCGUCUUUUGCUAAAUGCCUAAAAAAAAGCUUGUCAAUACUAUUCCAUUUCUUGAAGCCAAUCAAUGCUUCAAGAAAGUGUUGAGGAAGAAAACCUGCUAGUUGUUUAUAGGGAGCUAUAUGCUGACAGCAUGAUGUAAAGGGAAGAAAGGCAAAUGCAAGGAAAGGUAAGCAAGACAGAUCAGAGGAAACAGAAGAGGAUGGUAGAAAUGAUCAUAAAUAAGAACAUAAUGUAAUUUGUCAGGUUACUAUCCCCAAGGGGAGAAAAAAGGGAGAGUUUACUCACUUAAAGAAGAGGGGCUGAGAGAAAUCUUUAACAUAUUGGGAAUAGGCAUGCGGAUGAAAUGUAAGCAAGCAAAGUUGAUGGAAGGAGUUUGGAUACAAAAAAUAAUUAAUUUUUUGCAGUAUUGGGCUUUGAAAUGUAUAAAUCUCAUUUGUCUACCCACACAAUUUGUAUGCUGAAAAAAAAUAAAACAAAUGAAUUUUCAAGAGA